AUGUCUCUCCUGGUACGAUGGCGCGGGGUGUUCGACCCUACGCUCUGCCCCGGCCUUUUAUACCGCCACCGCACCGGUACCCCACAACACGUGCUUGUGUUAAACAAACUGGAACGCGUGGACCAUGUGAUCGUGUUUGCCAACGUGUACGCACGUGUGCUCCCCUCCACUGUAAUGGGCAUGGUCCGGUCACUUCUUAGAACGGUCAACAAUCUCAAUCCCUCGCUUCGAAUAGGCGAAGAGGGCAUCAACUCUGUCCUCGUCUCCCUCCAAGCCAUCCGCGAACGCGCCCUUACCUGCUGGACCUGCAUCCUCGCCCUCCACCACGAGCUUACCCACCUGCUCGAGGUGCAGCGUGCCUUCCACGACCUCUCCUACUUCGACAUCCGCCGGCGCUCCUGCCUGACCAUCCGCCUGGCGCGGCUCACCGUCUCGUUGCCCAUCGCGCUCGAGCGCGCACUCACCAAGCAAAACACGGACGACAUAUACGCCGCGGACGCGCCGUCGGGGAUCAUCGUCGACUCCAUUGCGCUCACCAAACAGGACGGUCGGCAUGCGAAGAUAGUGGACAGCGCGCUUGAUCAAGUCAUGGACGACUUCCUCACAGGUUCUUACAAGCUCACGAUCCUCCCAGAAGGCGGUUACAGCACGCCUGCAACGACCCGCUUCUCCCUGCCAACGCUUCGGCCCCCGCGCGACGGCCUCAUCGCGUUGCUCGACGUGCCGCCCACCGCGCAGCUGCACACACCCCUCACGCUCCGGCUCGUCGUCCGCAACCGGCAGCCGACGCGGUCCGCGAACGUCGUCGUCCACCUCGAGACGGACAACAGCGACGCAUUCAUCGCCGCGGGCCUGCGCAACGGCCGCCUGCCGAUCCUUCUGCCCGGCGCGGAGGAGACCGUCCUCUGGCGGCUCGUCCCCGUCGAGUGCGGGUUCGUGCGCAUCCCGAGGAUCAGGGUGGCCGAUUGGAGGACGGAUCCCGGCACGGAGGGCGAGCUGCAGGAGCGCAUCGUGAGGAUCGUCGACCCUUCCGUCGACGCUGGGAGCUUGACUUGGCUAGCGUACACCAGUGGGCACUCCGAGAAAGCCGGAAGUACCGGCGUCGCCUGCGUCACUCCCCUUGCUCGUCCUCCUCAUCGUCCUCCUCCCCUCGAAUUGAGGUUCAACCUGGUUGCAAAGUAUAGGAGGAGCAUACUCAAAGCCAGUCCGUCACUUCCCAAAGACCCCGAAGCCGCCACCGACAUGGGCUGGCGCACGGACACCGCGUCCGGACGAGCCGAGCGCGUCGGCGGGCCCCAGCAGGCCUGCGCCUCUACGCGCGAGCGAAACGAAGAACGAAUGUAUGUCGCAGAACUUUUGCUUGAAUACAAGGCUCAUUCACGCGCGGUUCCUCAAGUUAUCGAGCGAGAUGCAAAAGACCCACAGUUCAUGGCGAUGCUGAGCAAGCUGGGGCCGGUCAAGGUCGACCACCAUAUGCAGACCGUCCGCCCCGGCGCAGAUCAGGUCCAACGCGUCUUUCAGGCUCGCCAGCGGUCGGAAGAAGAUGCGCACUCGCUUACGCCCACACGGAACCGCAUGCUUGCGGGCACGCUCUAUGAGCUCUUGGAGGAGCGCUAG